AUGUCAUUUCUAAAUGGUAAUAACAAUAACAGUAGCAUAAAUUUAAAUCUCAAUAAAUCACCACUAGCUACAUCCAAUGUUGGUCUUGUCGCUCCACCAUAUAUUUUAGUGAAACCAUUUCGUAUUUCCUCAUCCGUUCUCAAUUUAAGAUCGGACUAUCUCUAUUCGACAUCAUCUCAACAACAACAAUAUGACACAAAUAUUGCUCAAGCCUAUAGUCGUUUGAAUGAAAUUUGUGGCAAUAAUAUUUUAUCUUCUAAAAUUAAAACUAUCACCGGUUAUCAUCUAUAUGAGAAAGGACUAAUAAAAAAAUUUCUCACAGCUAAUGAAGAAACAAAGGCUAAAGAAGUAUUGCAACAAAUGUGGCGAGCAUCACAAUUUUGUGAUCUUCUAUUAAUUGUACAAGGAAGUGAAUAUUUAGCUCAUAGACUACUAUUAGCCGCUUAUUCAAAUAAAUUCAAACAAAUAUUUAAUAAACGUAAAAGUGAUUUUGUUACACGAGUACAUUUACGUCAUAGUACACAUAAAGCAUUGCAAUUAGUCUUAGGUUUCUUAUAUUCGGGAAAUAUUAUGUUAACUAUACGAAAUAUCGAUGAUAUUCUAGCAUGUGCAAAAGAAUUGGGAAUCAAAAAUAUUUUAGAUUUAUCCAUAAACUAUUUGUCUAAUGUUGAUAAACAUACCGUUUUUCGAAUAUUAGAAGUAGCAUGUAAACAUAAUUUACCAAGCGUUUAUCAUCUUGCACAUGAUUAUUUAACAUGUAAAAUGAAUGAUUGUAUUCAAACAAAAGAAUUUAUUGAUGUUCCAUAUUGGAUGUUAAAUCAGAUAUUAUCAGAUUCUACAAUUGAACAUUGUCAAGAGGCUAAAAUUUUAGAUCGAACAAUGCAAUGGUUAUCAUGUAAUCAUAUUCGAAAUGUUGAUAUUAUUUCUAAAUUAUUACAAAAAAUUCGUUGGGAUAAUUUAUCUUAUCUAGAAAUGAAAGAAAGUCUAAUGACAAAUUAUGAAAUAUUUCAUAUUCCAAGUGUUAAACAAUUAUUAACAAAAAAGUUAAAUGAAGCUUAUCAAAGAAAAAUAAGAAAUUUUUCCAAAACUAAAACAGAAAUAACACACAAAGAAAGUGCUAUUACAGAAGUAGAAUAUAAACCAUUUUCUCAUCGUACUGUAUCUCCAACGAAUAAAUCAUCUGAAAUAAUAAAAUAUCAACAUCAAUCACGACAACAAAAUUUAUCACUACCAAAACAGGUUGUGCAAUGGAUGGUUGAACAUGGCAACGAUGAAACAAAAUCUGCAAAUAAGAUGCAAUCGAAUUCACAUACCAGAGUUGUUGAUUCUAAAAAAGAAUCUAUUCGAACCUUGUCAAGUAUGAAUAGAUUAGGAGCUACGAGUUAUCAACUAUCUACUAUACAUCAGAAAGAAAAACCUUAUUUAACAUUAGCACACGAUAGUUUAGUUGUGAGAGGUGGUUUUCAUCUGGAUAGAUCAACAACAGCAAAUCAUUUUGCAUCAUAUGAAUUUGUUUGUAUGGCUACAAAUGUUAAUUUUAUUUUUAAAACAAGAUAUUCAUUUUUGAUACAUUCAUCUUCUCAUGUUCAUAAUCAAUGUUCAUUUUGUUCAUGUGAUUCGACGUGCAGCCUUGGACAAGGUGAAUUGAUAUUAUUUACAACAACACGUUACAUACCACAACAACAGGAUCAAAAACAAACAGAUGAAACAAAAUCUUCUUUCACUUUCACACGAACGAUAGAUGAUAUUCCAUUGGAAAAACGUUCAAAUUUUUUACUGAUAAAAGAUGAUGAUAAAACAUUAAUACCCGUGGAUGAAGAGUUGUUACACAUUGGAUUUCAGAAAAGUGGACGAGAAUUAUCCAACUUAAUUAAACAAAAUGGUGAAUUUUGGAGUCAUGAUCGGUGUGCACGAUGGUCUAAUGGUGUUUCUGUCGAUAAAAUAACGGGGAAAUUAUUGAAUGUUGAUAAGGCUGUUUUGAAUGCAGCGAAUCAGCAAUGUUUUGUUUGUCAGUAUUAUGGUGGGUCAUUAAAAUGUAAAUUAUCGACAUGUCAAAAUUAUUUUCAUUGGCCAUGUGGUAUAACGUCAGGAGCAUUUUUUGAUCAUCAAAAAUAUGAAAUGAUAUGUUCACAACACUUACAACAUGUAACUUCUUUAUUUGAUUCAUCAGCUCGUUGUCAUGCAUGCGGUCAAAUUGGUGAUAUAUCAACUCAUUUAUUUUGCACCAAUUGUGAUAAACAUUAUCAUUGCGAUUGUCUAAUGUUAGAAGCAAAUGUUGUUGUUCGAACGGGAUGGAAAUGUCCCGAUUGUAAAGUUUGUCAAACAUGCAGGCAAACGGGUGAUGAGAGCGAAAUGAUUAUGUGCAAUACAUGUGACAAAGGUUAUCAUACAUUUUGUAUGAAAAUGCCGGAAUCUAAAAUACCAAAAGAUGGUUGGAAAUGCUCAAGUUGCUUAUCUUUACAACAACAACAAUUAUGCCCAGUAUGUCAACAACAUAUAACCAAACAGGGAACAUCUAGACAAUGUUCACAAUGUCAAAAAUAUUUGCAUCUGACAUGUGAUCCAACUUCUACGUUGUCUCCAGAUAUUGGUAAUGAUUAUUAUGACGAUGAUUCGAGUAUUCAACCUUACAUGUGCCGAUUAUGUAGUUCAACAACAACUGCUACAACAAACACAUCGACAAUAGCAGAGUUAAUUGAAGAUGACGACGAAGAAUUUGAGAAUGAAAUUGAUGGAGGAUUGAGUGCCGGUAUAUAUCGAUCAUCCACAUCAAAUUUAAAUAGAUUUACGAUCAAAUUUCGGAAAACAAAUAGUUCUUCCAGCACCGAUGGACGUAAAGCCAAUAUUGAUUAUACGCAGCAGUCAUCGUUAGAAUAUCAAAUGAAUUCAAAUCAAAAUAGUUUAGAUGAGGAGAGCAAAGGCCAACUAACAGGAAUGGAAUCAUCUUCAUCUAAUACUCUGCUCUUUGAACCAUUAUCAUUACCGCGUGUUACAGUACAAACAACAACGAGAAACAAUGAUGAAUCAGGUUCUAGCCAAGAGCUCAUGGGUUUUAGAGCCAUUAAACAGGAACCAUCUCAUCAUCCAAUAUCAUCAUCAAAACCGUUGACAACGCGUGCUCAAGCCGCUGCUAAAUCUGGCAAAGGCGUUAAGCCAUGUCAGGCUUAUACAAACACAGAUACAUUAAGUAAAAAACGAGCGAGACGGGCCUUAAAUAGUGGCUCAAAUCGUCGUGCUGGUUCUCCAACACCGUCGUCAGUAAGUCCGCUUCCUCUGGCUGUGAAUCAGCAACAACAACAGCAGCAACGUUCAACAAAUUGUCGGGGUCGACCGCCUAAAAAUAGAAAAGAAGGACAAACUGGAAAUUCUAUGAAUACCAAUGAUAAUCCGAUGUCAAAUCAGCCAGCAGAAUUAGGUUGCUAUACGGUUGGCGUUGUCAAGCGAGAUGAAGAUGAACAUCAUGCUGUUACCGUUUUGUGUUCAACAGAUGAACUAUAUACACUUUGCCAGGAUAUGUGUGUUAGUUGUGGUAGUUUUGGUUUAAGUGAAGAAGGAAGAUUGAUAUCAUGCACUCAAUGUGGGCAAAGUUAUCAUCCAUAUUGUGCUGGAUUAAAUAAACUAUCAAAGGUGAUAUUAAAACAAGGUUGGCGAUGUCUAGAUUGCACAGUAUGUGAAGGUUGUGGUAAGCCUACGGAUGAAUCUCGAUUAUUACUUUGUGAUGAUUGCGACAUAUCAUACCACACAUAUUGUUUGCAACCACCACUAGAUCAUGUGCCAAAAGGAAAUUGGAAAUGCAAAUGGUGUGUUCGUUGCUUAAAAUGUGGUUCAACGGCGCCUGGCACUGGCUGUCUGUGGGAAAAUAACUAUACUGAGUGUGGACCGUGUCAUUCAUUAGUGGUCUGUCCUUUAUGUACAAAAUCUUAUCGUAAUGAUGAACUGAUAUUACAAUGUACAAAUUGUGAUCGAUGGUGCCAUGCAGCAUGUGAAAAUAUUCAUACUGAAGAAAUGGCAGAGAAAUUAACCGAUCUUUCAUUUGUUUGCUCACUAUGUAAACCAACAUAUGAUCAACAACAUCUACUCGAACAGUCUUCCACUCAGCUCCUUUCGCCAACCAUUGAACCACCGCAGACGGCUAGUUGUCAAUCAUCGCCCGAUCAACAAAUUCAACAAACAGAACAUACGGUUCUUAAUUCGACAACUAUAUCAACACUUGUACCUCAUCUUCCAAUACCCAAACCAUCAAAAUUAGAUGAAGGAGUUUAUUUGACAGAUACAGGCAUUGCUCAUUUGAAAUCGAUUCGUUUCAAACCUAACGCGCACACGAAAAAAGCAAAACAAGCUAUGAAACAAGUUUUACUUCAACGUGGACAAUCUCAACAACAAAUGUUAUCCGCCAUGGGUAUCAAAAGAACAAAUUCAAGUUCAAUGUCCGAGAGACAAGAAGAUGAUAUGAGUUGCACGUCCGAUGAUGAACAUCAUGCACAUGGCAUGCAUCAUCUAGGACAACAUGGACAUCAAGACGCACAUGAUCAAACGACGGCGACAACAAAAAAGACCGCAACAAAAACUGCCAAAGGUUACACGGGUAUUGGUGGAUUUCAUGUUAAAAUUCGUGGUCAACGGCGUCGUCCUGAUUUUAACGAAAUGAAUGGCAAUGGCACUGAUUUAUUAUUGUACGAGAAUCAGAUGGAUACAGGUGGAAAUGGCAAAACAACUGAUGAAUAUGGAAAUAUGACAGCAGCUGUAAAACAAAGAAACAGACAUAGACGAAAGAAAAAAAGUAUUCUAGAAGAACAUAUGCCACCAGAGAUGCAGGAAGCAUUUUUUGGCAGUAAUUUAGCGGAGCAGAGUCGUAUGAAAGCACUGACGAAACAAAAUAAUCCGCUGAAAGGUACAAACGAUUUGUUUGGUGGCGAUCAAUCAACGGCGAAUUUGGCAAAUAACAGUGAUUCAAUGACACCAAACUCAGCUGCUGACGAAUUCCAGUAUACGAUUAAAUUGGAUCAAGAUACCAUCACACGAUUUCUAAUGAGAAAAGCAACAAAGAAUAACCAAACAACGACAACACCGGCCAUGGGUAUUAAAGAAGAAAAACAACAGCAGCAAUCUCAUCCCACUUACAAUCAACCUCAUCAGGUGCCGGCUCAGUCACAUACAAGCUUGCAACCAACACAGCAGUCAUCCUCACAACAGCAACAACAACCUUCUGGCUCAACGACAACAGUUUUGACACAGCCACCGAUUUCUACAACACCACCAGACGAUGAAACUGAAAUGCAGCAUAUAUUGGACAAUGAAGAAUUUUACAAUUUUAUAAGUUUCAUGGAUACGUCAAGAACGACUACACAGGAUCCACUAUUACCAUUAUGUCCAGCGUCCGAUAUUGAAGAAUUUCUUGAAUUCAUCGUUAAUCCAGAAGCACAUGGUGUUUUACAAGCUGUCGAUCUUAUUGGUAGUACAAGUAGUAGCACAGCAACUGUGGCGAAUACAAACUCACCGUCAACAGGUGUUACUUCUUCAUCUACUACUGGCGGUUCGAUCGUUGACAACUCCAAACAGAUCAUUAGUAAUUUAGCUCGAGAAAUGAUGGAAUCAACUGUUUUAGUAGCAGCUGCUAAUCAAAAACCACUACCUGCUAAACCAAAACAACAGCAAAUACCACCCACGUCGACCAUCUUGCCUACUGAAACGAUUAUAACAUCGAAUACAAACUUUGAUUUACCUAAUGAAUCGCCAUUUGCAGAAAUAACAAAUAAUAGCAAUAACAACCAAGAUUUAACGACGCAGUUUCUUAGACAACAAUCUCAGCAAACCAUUCACGAUGUCGUCUGUACACCACAGCAAUCAGGGGUGCAAGGAGGACAUUUAACAAAAACACCACCAACAACAUGCAUGAUUAAACAAGAAUUUCAAGAUCAUCAUGUUCAUCCGCAUCAUCUACUCCAACAGCAACCGCAAUUACCCCAAAACUGGCCACCAGCCUCCCAGCAAUUGAUUCGUGCUCCAUCCAUGUCUGUUGUCGAACCACAACAUCAUCAACCACAGACAGUUCGCUCGUCAGCAACAAGUGAACAAAAUUUAUUAGAACGCACUCGAGAAGAUGAAUUAUUAGGACCAAACGCAACAAUGUCAAAUGUACUUUAUUGUAAUAUGAAUCAUUCAGAUUUACGACAGCAAUUUCCAGAUAUUAACGAACGCUUCAAACAAAUAAAGAAAAUCUGGCGUAAAGUACCAUCAGAAACCAAACAACAAUAUACACAACAGGCUAGAAUAAAUAGAACAAAAAAACGUGGUAAAAUAACAGGAGGAAAAACGGGAAAUCGUAAACCCAAAUCUUCAAAAUCGACACCGAUGGCUGCGUCGGAUACGUCUGAUCAUUUAUCGACGCAAAGUGGUGGUGAUGAUGAUUCUGAAUCAUCUUCUACUCCUUCUUCUUUAUCAGCAACCACACCUGCAUCUGUUCUUGACAACACUGGAAAUAAUUUCGAUUACCAACAACAACCAUCCACGUUAGACCAACAAACGUCGUAUGAGCAAAUGAACAGGCAACAGCAAAUGCCACAAUCUUCAUAUCCAUUACAACGUUUUAGUUCAUCAAGUCCAAACGGUGCUCUAACUAACCAGACCCAACAACAACGAACAACUUUUUUCUCAGGACAAAAUCAAGCUCGAUUACCCACAGCCGUCGCACGUCAUCAACAACAACAACAACAACAACAAUCACCAAGAGCAAUGACACCCAUAUCCAGUGGCCCGUUAACACCCCAAACAGCACCGCCAUCUUUGAUGAAUGAGCAAAAUAGUGUGUCUGGACAACAAACAAAUAAUAGACAUGAUUCAUCCGAAUUUCAGCAUAAACCGCCAAUGCAACAACAGCAUGUAUUCAAUCAUCCUUCGUCUGAUUCAUAUAACUCGAUGAUAAUCCGCUCAAAUUCUUACACAGUUCAACAGCCGCAACAAGUUGUCGCAACAAAGCCGCAACCGUCUCGUUUUAGUUUUCCACCCCAAUCUGACCCACAUUAUGCUCCAAACUUUGAUCACCAACCACAAACACCUCAGCAAUAUCAUCCACCAGGCACUCCUCGUCCGUCUACUGCAACAAGUCCUCCUUCUGUAUCGCGUUUAACACCUGGUGGCAUACCCCAUCCAUCCCCUCAUUUUAAUCGUCAAAAUACCAAAUCAUCAUCAAUAUCCAAGGACGACACUAGUACAUCCCCAUUCUAUCAGCAACAACAAGAACAGGAAAGUCAACAACAAAUAUUCAUCGCUCAUCAACAUGAACAAGCGCAAAAGACAG